AUGCUGACGACGUAUAACAUAAUAUGGAAAAAGGAGGAGGGCGAAAACGUGAAAAAUGAUAAGCAGUGCAAAAUCGUGAGGGUCCCGUCAACAGAAACCGCACACAGCGACAACCCAUCGCCCAUCUCCGAAUUUGACCAAUUGGUGAACGACGUGGAGGACCUGUUAGAAGAGCAGCAAAUUAACGAAACGGAAAAAUUAUACAAAGAAUCCAAGUCCCCAAAUGAAAAGUUCAACAAAAAAAAUAAGUUAAGUAUCACGGAUUUAUCAGCCCAGCUAUGGUGUGAACAACAACUGGAGUUAGUUCUAACAACAGGGAAAAGGAGAGAAACGGAAGCAAUGCGAUUAGGUAUAGAAAGACAUGAAGUGCUAGAAAAAGCAGAUCAUCUCAUAAUUGAUGUGGAAGUGAAUACUAGAGAAGAGUCUCUAGGAUACCGCCUGCUGAACACAAUUACCCUGUUGGGACAAUUAUAUGAAUAUAAGAAGGCAAGAGAAGUGUGGGUUUUUGGUAUCAUUAGAGGCUACGUAUUAAGAGGAAUAAUUGACGAAUUAAGAAUUGAAUAUGAUAACGUUUCCAGGAGGGAAUAUUUGAUUAUUUCUGAUACGAAAACGAGGAAGGAAAAGAAGGAGCCAAGUCUUGCUCAGAAGAGGACGUCCGCCAUACAAGUACAAACGUAUUGCCUACUUCUACAGCAUUUAAGGAAUGGAAAGGCUGACUUUAAAAAGCUGUUUGAAAUAUACGAAUGCGAUCCGAUGUUUGAAUUCACCGCUAUUGAUUUGGUAAAAUAUAAAAACUUGGAAAAUUUAUCCAAAGUAGUCAAUUGUCUCUUUCUCAGACUUCCAAAGAUUAAAGAAGAAAUGGAGAUUGUGUAUGAGCACCAAGGGGUUGAAUUUUCUCGAAAUCACAUCCCUUAUUUUUACCACUCCACUUUGUAUACUAUUAACAUUUUGUUGGAUUACUGGGACGGCAAACGCUCCAGCGACGUGGUGGAGAACUCCGACAAGUGGAAGUGCAAGUUUUGUGACUUCGUCAGGAACUGCGUCAGGUGCCCCCUGGACGCCUAA